AUGCCCAGCGAUGCGCAAGCCCCCGUGAAGCUCUCUCUGCCUCUCGAAUUCCAGCAAGACAUCUUCAAAGAACUGCGCGAGGAAGAUGAGCUCGUCCUCCUCGCGCGGGGGCUCGGCCUCCUGCGCAUAGUCACCAACCUCCUCCACUCAUACGAUGCCGCCGGGAACAACCUUAUACUACUCGUCGGCGCCGACGAGCACGAAAAUGUGUGGAUUGGCGAAGCGCUGGCCGAGCAUGCCGCUGUCAGUAAUGCGCCGAAGUGCCGGGGGCUGAGCUUGGUGAAUACAGAUCUCAUGAGUGUGGGGACGCGUGAAAAGAUGUAUGCGCAGGGCGGCAUAUUCAGUAUCACGUCGCGUAUCCUGAUCGUCGACUUUUUGUCUGGGCUGUUAAAUCCAGAGACGGUGACAGGCAUAGUGGCGCUACAUGCUGAGCGAGUAGUGGCAACAUCGUUGGAGGCCUUCAUUUUGAGAAUCUACCGGCAGAAGAACAAGGCUGGUUUCCUCAAGGCCUUUUCGGAUACUCCAGAGCCGUUCACCACUGGAUUCGCGCCGCUCACCAACAUGAUGAAGAACCUCUUCCUGCAGAAACCAGCACUAUACCCGCGUUUUCAUGUUUCGGUCGCCAAUUCGUUGGAGGGACGAAAGAAAGCAGAGGUCAUAGAGCUGGAAGUGCCCAUGACGGAGGCGAUGCAGGAUAUACAAAACGCAGUGCUAUCGUGUGUCGAGGCGAGUAUCAGCGAGCUUAAAAAAGCCAACCCAGGUCUAGAAGUGGAGGACUGGACUGUGGACAGCGCGCUUCAUAAGAACUUCGAUCAGAUUAUCAGACGCCAACUAGAUCCUGUGUGGCACCGGACGACAUUCAAGACGCGGCAGGUUGUUCGAGACCUGUCGCUACUCCGCACAAUCUUACACGCCCUUCUUACCUAUGAUGCUGUCAACUUCAACAAGUACCUUGACACUGUCUUGGCAGCCUCACAACCACCGCCAGGGACAACGAAGCAGAAUCAAUCCCCUUGGCUCUUUCUAGACGCUGCCGAUACCAUUUUCACAACUGCAAAGCGAAGGGUAUACACAGGGAAAUUAUCCAACGCUGAGCUAGCCAACAGCUCCAACGUCGUGCCCGAGUCUCUCCAGCCGGUACUUGAGGAGUUCCCAAAGUGGGCGCAACUCGCAGAUAUUCUCCAAGAAAUCGAGCAAGAUGCAUACUUCAACCCGACACCGCAGGAUACCUCCAACGGCUCUAUACUUAUCAUGUGCGGCGACCAAGGCACAUGUUCGCAACUAAGAGAGUAUCUUCAGACCAUGUACGUGAAGCCUGAGGGGGCCUCCAAUGAGGAUGAUGGGGAUGAGGAUGACGAGCCGUCAGCAAGAUUCAUGAUGCGCCGCAAACUCCGUAACUAUCUCACCUGGAAACGUGACUUUAGCAAAGUCAGCACUGCACUCUUCUCAGAAAAUCGGAAAGCGAUCAACAAUAGCACCGACCGGAAUGUACAGAGCGGUAUGCGGCAAGUUACUGGUAAGCCUCCGCCUAACAAGCGGAGGCGCAUAAGAGGGGGAAGUGCACUAGCAGGUCCCUCUCGAUCAGACAUGGGUGCUGUCCGCACAGCAGGAGACCGAGACGCACAUAUUGCAAGUCUAAUGGCUGAACUCGAGCCCACUGAGAUCGAGGCUGCACAGAAGCCAGGUGAUGUUGGCUUUGACCCGCUCCAUAACAUGGAAGAUUACUACGAGCUUUUCGGAAUGGACUCGUUGAUUAUCGUGCAUCCGUACUUUGGUGAUCUCGAUGAGCACAUCCUCGAUGAAACAAAGCCGCGAUACGUCAUUAUGUACGAGCCAGACGCUGCCUUCAUACGGCGCAUAGAAGUUUACCGGUCAUCGCAUACGGAUAGGACGGUGAAAGUGUUCUUCAUGUACUAUGGUGGAAGCGUGGAGGAGCAACGCUACCUCUCCGCCGUACGCCGUGAGAAAGACGCCUUCACACGUCUAAUCAAAGAGCGCGCAAACAUGGCGCUCACGCUAAAUACCAACGCGAAUCUUGCACCCGAAGAAUCCUUCCUGCGCACUAUCAACACGCGGAUAGCGGGCGGUGGGCGCCUAGCUGCAACCGCGGAGCCACCACGCGUUGUCGUCGAUGUGCGAGAAUUCCGAUCUUCACUACCGAGCUUGUUACACGGCCGUUCCAUUGUAAUAGUGCCCUGUAUGCUCACAGUGGGUGAUUACGUCCUCACGCCGCACAUAUGUGUCGAGCGGAAAUCCGUCCGCGAUCUCAUCGGAUCCUUCGCGAACGGGCGGUUGUAUAAUCAGGCUGAAUCCAUGAUGGAGCACUACAAGCACCCCAUGCUACUCAUCGAAUUCGACCAAAAUAAAUCGUUCACGCUGGAGCCUUUUACAGACUUCUCAGCGGGGGCGACGAGUGCGAGCGGCCUUGCUGCAGCCCCAGAUUUACAGGGAAAGCUGGUUAUGCUUACCCUUGCGUUUCCGAGGCUGAGAAUCAUUUGGUCGAGUUCACCGUAUCAGACUGCUGAGAUCUUCUCGGAGCUUAAGAAACAGCAAGAUGAGCCUGAUCCGUUGAAAGCUGUACAGAUGGGAUUAGAUCCAAACCAAAUGGGGGAUGAGAUGCGGAGUUUUAACCAGACGAGCCAAGAUAUGUUGAGGGCGUUGCCGGGCGUCAACGAGAGCGUGGUAACGACUUUGAUGCUCAAGACGGAGAGCAUCGAGGAACUGGCGAAUAUGGACGAGAAGGAGGUGUGUGCGCUUAUUGGGACGGAUGUAGGAAGGAGAGUGCACCGGUUUUUCAACAGGAGUGUGUAUGAGGAGGUCCAGUUGCCAACGUUUACGUGA